UUCAAAUACUAUUUUAGGACAUGAUCGUGCGGAAGGAUCGGCCCCUGUACGUCCAAACGGCCAACUGCGUGGAGGAAAAGGAAUGGGUCGAUCUGCUGAGCAAAAUUUGCCAAAGCAACAAGGCUCGUCUGGAACACUUCCAUCCCUGCGCCUACAUCAACGGCAUGUGGACCUGUUGCAGCGAAAACGACCAGUACGCGCCCGGAUGCACGGCCGUCUCACCGAAACCAUUCCAGAUGGAGCUGGCCACGGCGCUGGACCCGGCCCGGGAUCUGCAGCGGCUGCACUCGCUGAUCAUGAUCAAUUUCGCGAGCCUGGAGGAGCUGGACCCGGAACCCUUGAACGUGUCCUGCGACGAUCCAGCCGCGGCCCGCAAAACCAUCAAGAAGCUGAACGAGCUGGCUAACUCGCUGGAGCGAAUCCAUCGGAAGUACAAAACUAUGCUGGCCCGGGAGAUGCGAUAUGGGAGUCGGCAGGCCCCGAUCGGCGACGACAACUAUCUGCACACAUCCCGGUUGAUAGCGGCUGCCGCGGCCGCUUCCGGUGCCGGUGGUGGCGGCGGCGGUCAUCCGUUUCACCAUUCGGCCGUAGUUUCGGUGGUUAAUCACCACAACAACCACCAUCACCAUCAUCUGCAGCAGCAACACUAUGACAAGUCACCGAACCCGUUCCACCGGAACCAUCCGCUGCGGAGUUCGGACAAUGAGCGAUUCUCUCAGUGUUAAGUUUUACAUCUUCGUUUUCCAAUAUUUUUUUUUGUAUAUCAUGUUUUUAUCGCCUAGUGUACUAUUAUUAACUUUAUAUUAUUCAUUUGUAAUUUUUACUUUAAGUACCGUCACAAUCCUUUCGCCGUAUUUUGUACAUUGUUGAGUAUAGAAUUAGGCUAUUUAUUUUUGUUUGUGUUACUCUCUCGAUUAAGGGCAACGUUCUGUUUAUUUUUUUUUUCUCGUGUAUUAACCACCACCUCCAGGGACUGGCAAAUGUAGGGAUGGAAUCGUGACUUAAUUAAUAAAAUGCCAAAGUCAGUCCUCAACUUAUGAGGACGAUUACGAUAACUCGAGUUGUGUAAAUGGACCGAAACGUUUUUUUAAACGAGUUAGAAGUUCGAUAUUUUGAAUGCACCAACCAGUAUUUUUACUUAUCAAGAAACUUGAAUGAUUAAGCUAGCAACGUAAAUUUCAAAGGUCGCAUGUUUUUUUCUAAUCAGGGUAGUUUUCACAAAGCUGAGUUUUUUUUAAGUUUUAUUAGUGACACUUUACCAUCUUCGUGGCAUUCGUGUCAUGAAACAAAGCUGAGUGUUAAGUCGAAAUUGAUUUAGUCAGGCGCUAUGACCAGCACUGAAAAAUAGUGUUGGAAGUUGGAACUCAAAACAUCAAGCAGUUGGUACAGUUUUGGUAGACUUUUUGCUCUUUUCAAAAUUACCUUGUUCACAAAUUUCAACGUUUUAUUCCUUGGGUGGCAGAGUUGUGAAAUCGUGAAGAAUGUAAACAUACCAUCUCAAAUUUUUGAACCAGGCAGCUACUUCCUAACUUUCUCCGGAACAUUGAAUAUCUAAAGACCACCUUAACAUGAGUCUCAUAAUCCAUGAAAAGCGACAAUACGAUGUCGCCAUCAUCUCGAUGUACACAGUCGUGUUUAACGAUUCGGAUCGUUAUCGCUCUAUACGGGAUCGAAUUGGACAAUUUCAACUUUUAAGACGCUUUCCUGACAUCAAUCAGGGAUUUUCGCCGUCUCGCCAACUAUUUCCUGCGUAAGCGCACUGUACUCCGCGCUUUUGACAGUUGAUGAGCCACGUCGGAGUUCGAGAAUCGAGAAUUCGGCGGAUUUUCCUCACAUCCUCUUCUAGGCCCACCAGCCUAUCGCUCGUCCUCAUCUGACAAAGAACAUCGGCGUGGGUACCACUUGAGAGUUAAAGGAAAAACGUAUGUUCUGAUCAAAGUCUGAAGAACAAGUGAAAAUUUAUUUUCUGUUUAUUAUAUCCAUGGCUACUUAGGGUAGCCAAUUAUCCUAGACUACUUAGUUUCAACACUCCUCCCUAAUUGGAUACUCCUAACAGUUUCCGGAACGCUUCGAGUGUUUGCCUUGGUAGAACCUUCGUGAAGCCAUCGGCCAGUUGCUGGUCGGACGGAAUGUACUGCAACUUGACAUCGCCGGUAUUCAGGGUGUCCUUGACGAAACAAUAUCGUACGGCCACGUGCUUGGUUUUUGGGCCAAACAAAUAGCGGAUUGAUUAUCGCAGAAAAUCUGGAUCACGUGUUGAAGGUCAAUCUCCUUCAAAAGUUGCCUUCACCAAAGUGCUUCUUGAAUCGUACGAGACAGAGCAACGAAUUCGGCCUCGCAUGAUGAAAGUGCUACGGAUGCUUGAUGUUUCACAUUCCACGAAACGGAUCCUCCAGCCGUGGUGAAAACGUACCCGGUGGUUGAUUUUCUGGUAACCGGAUCUCCUCCCCCAUUCCGCGUCUAUGUACAGUGAGGGGCAAAAUAAAGUGUCCAAAUUAUUUUUUUUCAAUUUCUUUUAUUUUUCUGGUUAAAAUUCAACGAAAACGCAUCGUAAUCAUUUUUUAAAUAUUGUUUAUCAUGUUCUUUUCAAUUUUGGUUAAUGUUGCGCUGUUAAAAAAAAAAGUUUUCUGAUAGAAAAAAACAGUUAAUAUUCCAAAAAAAAAAACAGGGGCAAAAUAAAGUGUCCAGAUCGGUACAGCUUCAAAUUGAUUCAAACUGAAGGCAAACAAGAACGAUUUAAUAAUGGGUAUGGCCUCCUUUGGCCUUCAACACCUCCUACAAGUGCUUCUGUAUACUUUCAACAAGGUUGUGCAAGUGUUGUGGGUCGAGUUCCUCCCACGCAUGCUCCAUGGCAUCAAAAUAAGUAUUUUUAAUUUGUCACACCAGUCUUAUCAAUCAGAGCAUAGGGGAUGGCCCACAGAUUUUCGAUGGGGUUCAGAUCAGGACUUUGUGGGGACCAUUCAAGGGGUUUGAUGCUGCAGAAACGGGAAAAUGACUUCAUCAGAUUGGCCGUAUGCUUCGGAUCGUUGUUCUGCUGUAAAACGAAGCGCUCUUAGAGGCCCGUCUUGAUGAGGGAUACCUCGAGGUUUUCCCGCAGGAUAUUGGAAUAUGACUCAGCUGUCAUGAUUCCGUCAAUUUUUACCAAAUUGCCCACCCCACCCCAAGGAAAGCACCCCCACACCAUCACGUCACCCCCUCCGUGCUUGACUGUUCCUGGGAUAUGGCGAUCUUGGAGCUCCUCACCCGACUUGCGCCACACAUGAUCCCGUUUCUUCCGGUUGAAUAGCUCGAAUUUGGAUUCGUCGGCCCACAACAAUGUUUUCCAGUACUCGAGCCGUUUAUCGGCGUGUUCCUUGACGAACUUGAGCCGCUUAGCCUUGUUCACCUGGCUGAUGAAAAACCUUCUCACUGCGAUCUUUCUAUGGUACUCCUUUGCAUGGAUGCGGCGGCGGAUAGUACAACGCAAUACCGAAAAUUGGAGCUCUUCCUGUAUCUGCCGGAUCGUUAUUAUCGCGUUUUUCUUCACUUCAAGAAUGAAUUUCUUGUCCGUUCUGGAAUCUGUCUUGGGCUUCAGUCCUCUUCCUGGGCGAUCCAUCUCCUAUCCGAACGUUUUCUUCUUCUUCAUGAUUUUUGAUACCGCUGUCUUGCUGAUUUCGUGGGGCUUGGCCACUUCCCGGUGCGUUUGACCGUUAUUCACAUCACGAGCAACCAGUUUCCGGAUGGACAACGGAAUGGAAGCAGAAAUUUAGGCGUUCUCCAUAUUUCACAACUUAUUCGAAUAUAGACACCUGUUUGAAUACUCCAGAGCCAGGCCAGUUGUUCAUAAAACGUCAAAAUACACAAAACAAACAAAUUCGAGGGGCCUCGCGAUGGAAACUUAUCGAAAUUAUAUUGAUUUUUGAGUUGGACACUUUAUUUUGCCCAUUUUCUUUUUGGAAUAUUAAUUGUUUUUUUCUCUAUCAGAAAUACUUUCUUUUUUAAACAGCGCAACGUUAACAAAAAUUAAAAAGAACAUAAUAAACAAUAUUCUAAAAAUGAUUACGAUAUGUUUUCGGUGAAUGUUAACCAGAAAAAUAAAAGUUAUGAUAAAAAAAUAAUUUGGACACUUUAUUUUGCCCCUCACUGUAUCUACAAAUCUCCGGUUUUGUGUUUUUGCUGUAUUCCAGUUUGUGACCUUUGGUUCCUUUCAGGUAUCGCAUGUUCCUCUUGAGGGAGGCCGUCACGGCGACGACACGGAUUGCCGCUGAACUGGCUAACCUUGUUCACCGCCAAUGAGAUGUCUGGACGAGUUGCUUGGGACAAGUAGUUCAAAAAACCCACUGCUUCCUUGGACGGUACAUUUCGCAUUCCAUCGAGCUCCUCCGCUGUUGUCGCAUCCAAUUUGUCGCCAGGAUCAGCUUGCCAGGGUUGCCACAGGUUUGCAAUCCCCUAGAUGAAACCGCUUCAGCAUCUUUUCAAUGUAACGCUCUUGGUCCAGACUCAAUUUAUCCGCAUUCCGAUCACGGUUGAUUCGCAGCCCUAGACACAGCUGCGCCUGCCCCAGGUCCUUGAACUCGAAACGACUUUGCAAGUAAUCCUUGAGCUCCUUCAAUAGUGCGUUGUCGUUGGUGUAGAACAGGAGGUCAUCAACGUACACCGUAACGAACAUCAUCUUGCCUUACUGGAUCUUAAAGUAGAGACAGGAAUCAACUUUGGAUCGGACCAAUCCUAACUGCCGCAUCGUUUCAUCUAGGUACUGGUUCCAUAUUCUACUGGAUUGCUUCAAUCCAUACAUAGCCUUUCUAAGUUUGCAAACUUUCGUUGAAUUCUUCACGAAGCCCUCCGGCUGCUCCUAGAAGAUGGUUUCAUCCUUCAAGUCGGAUUGAAGGAAAGCCGACACAGCAUCCAUAUGAUGGACCUCGAAAUUGUGCUUUGCUGCUAACGCCAACAGAUACCGCACAGUAGAGUAACGAACCACUGGCGAGUACACCUCAUGAAAGUCGAAACCCGGCAUCUGCGAGCAACCUUUGAUGACCAACCUGGCUUGGUAUCUGGACACCUCGCCAUCCGCACCACGCUUGAUUUUGUAAAUCCACUUAUUGCGGAUCACCUUUCUUCCUUCUGGCAAGUCGCAAAGCUCCCACGUCUGGUUGGUUUCCAGAGCCUUGAUUUCCUCAUGCAUCGCUUGCAUCGAACCAACACUGAUCUGUAAGUGGGUGGAAACAUUAUCACCAACGGCAGUCGAACUAUAACAAACAAAAUUCGAAUACUGCUUGGGAAAUGGCGCUCCCUACAGCUGCGCCUCGCCAAUUGCUGUUCACCAGCCAGCUGAUUUAAUUGCGGCGGUAGAGCAGUGCUGGACCCGGGAUCAGGCUUGUAAUUGGUCACCAUCGUUUGAAUUUUUCCGGAGACAACCACCACACAUCGUUCGUGACAAUCGUGGAGAGCGCAAUCGUUUGAUCGGAGAGCAAAAAUUGUCUAACGAAAUUUUGAUCUUUUUUUGUGGUUAGUCGUUUGACUGUCAUCCCUCUUGCGUAGAUAAUCGAGAUAAUCAUUCCACAUUGUUCGACCAACACAUCCAAACAUCACCCGGCGCUGCAGAAUGACGAAUUUUUUUUUCAACAGGAGGGAGUGAAUAGAAAAGAUUGCAUUUGCUUAUUGAGUCUGUAAGUUCUGCUGCCUGAAAGAGAUAGGCGAUGUCGUAAACUGUCGGGAAUGAUGGUCGUUUGACCAUCAAAUUAUCCCUCUCGUGUACCAAGGCACGAAAUUUCGUUUGACAAUCACACAAAGAAGAAUGAAUGUCGUUUCGUUUGAUGGUAGUCGACUGUUCGGCAAGUUUUCGGUCGCAUUCGUUUGAUGGCACGAACAAUGAUACUGAUAAAAGCAGGCUGUGCGACUGUCAGAGAAAAUGUCGAUGGUUUACAAGUCUGCCCGGGAUCGACGAUUUCAUCAUCGUUUGGGCCAUUUCCAAUUUUUCGAACUUGAGCAUCGUUUAUCGUCGGUUCAUUCGUGUCGAACCAACUGUGGAGCUCCAUGAAGUUCACAUAGUCGUUUUGCGGAACCAUCAUCGACUGCUUGCCUUCGUCGAUGAACAACACGUUUCGACUUAUAUCGAUGUUGUUAGAUUUGGGAUUGAAAACUCGGUACCCCUUCGAAUGUUCAGCGUAGCCCACAAAAAUGCCUUCGAUUGAUUUUGGGUCAAACUUCUUCCUCUUCUGGUUACAUGGAUCAUGGCCUUUGAUCCAAAAACUUUCAAAUGUCUCAAUACCGGUUUCUUGCUCGUCCACGCUUCCUCAGGAGUCAUCGAUUCCAGUUGACUCGCAGGACUUCGGUUGACCAAGUAUGCCGCGGUACACCAAUGUCCUGGCCUUCUCGACGAGUGUUCGGAUCAUCCGCUCGGAAACUUCAUAUUGCUCUGGAGUGUUGUUCAGCAAUCGUUUCAUCGCCUCGUUGACAUAUUCGGUUCCAUUAUCCGUUUGCAAAAUCUUCAAGGAUCGUCCCGUUUGUCGCUCAAUCAUCGAUUUAAAUUUCUGAAAAACGUUGACUACCUCAGCCUUCGAUUUCAGGAAAUAGUCAAAUACUUUCCGGCUUGAAUCGUCCACAAAAACCACGAAAUAUCGACAACCGCCGAUGGAUUGUUUCUCUAUUGGUCCGCACACGUCCGAGUGGACCAAAUCCAGCAACCCUUCGGACCUGCCACCGCUUGAAGAAAAAUUUUCGCGCGCAUGCUUGCCUUUUGCGCACUCCACUCAGUCGAAAUGGUUUUGUUUGAAAUUAAAACCGCUCACCAUGCCUUCGAGCUUCCGCAUACCAUUCUGAUUCAGAUGAUCAAGCCGUCGGUGUCAGAUGAUUGCAUCAGUUGUUAAAAACGACAUCUCACCACCAUGCUUGCAAGCCACCGCGUCUUCCCAGUAUGCUACUCUGGGUCCAUUGGUGCAAUUGGUCGACGCUAGACACUAUGUACCCCAACGCCAUAAAGUCCACCUGGGGCAUCUGUCCAUAAUUCCCACCCGGACCAGCAACGAAGGCUGUGCCCGAGAUGGGAGACCAAGUCUUUGCUUGAGCGCUCAUCGGCUUAAAUACUCAAUUUCAAGUCAAAACUCCAGCAUAUAUACCCUGCCUCUUGUUACGAUUCAAGACUAAGGACCUCUCCUUUGACGACUCGAGGUCCGGCCUUUACUCGUAACUCGAGGCCUCUAAAGACUCGCGAUCUUGGCUCCGCUUGGUUUGGCUCGAAGCCCUCUCCGAUUUGCCCGUCCGUGUGCCGAAUCGAGAGCAGCUUAUCCUGGACACGCACCUGUCACAGCAAACGAAAGUACUCGGAUGAUUCCCGGCGAAGACAUCAUCCUACGUCAACUCGAAUGACUCACCCGCCGACAUCGUGAAGUCAUUCUAUCCGAGAGUAUUCCGCGGCGUGAAUACUCUUCUCCCUACGAGUUCGACUGCGAAGAAGGUCUUGUCUUAUCUCCGCAGCUUCCGUCGUAAAGGGCGCGUUCUACUUGGAUACUCCGCGGACUGAUGCUGAUUCCAACUCCUCUGCAGGGCAGUCAUGAUCCGGGUGUACCCAUCGCUGACCACGCGCCAAGAAUUGGCAUCCUCACGCACGUGUUGCUUUGGUGUCUCUACUGUGUCACCGCAGGUCGGGCAGAAUGGCGAGGCCAUGUGUCCAAACUGAUGAUGGUACUGCAUGGAGCAUCCGUGACCAGUCAAGAACUGUGUUAUGCAGAAAUCUACCUCUCCAUGUCUUGGAUCCAUCCAAAAUCCGACGUUAGGGAUCAAGCGAUGGGUCCACCGACGGCGUUCCGAGCUGUCUCACUGGUGCUGCCAGCUGGACAUCGAGGCCUCUCUGGCAUGUUUCCAAAAAUCGGGCAUGUGCCUGUGCUCGUUGCAGAAGAUAUCUCAUGCGCAUCCAACUUUCCAACUUCUCAAUCGCUACUGUGGCGAGUAACUGGACGGACCUCUUCGGUUGAUGGGCCCGAUGCCAGGAGAACCACGUCGUCGGGGAAUCCCACAAGUCUCACUCCCGUGGGGAGACGCAGUCUCAGCAGUUCGUCGUAGAUAAUGUUCCACAAUACCGGGCCAAGUAUCGAUCCUUGUGGAACCCCUGCCGUGACACUCACUGUUUCCAGUCCCUCGUUGGUCAUAUACUGUAUUUGGCGGUUACGGGUGCAACACUCCACCAUCCUACAGGUAUAUGCCGGAAUCGAUGACGCAAUCGCUGCCCAACUGACGCUGUUGAAGGCGUUCUUCACGUCCAGGGUGACACUACGCAAAACCGGUCUCCUCUCCUCUUCUUCAGUCUGGCUUCGUCUGCCCCUUCGAUGACACGUCGAAUGGCAUCCACCGUACUGCGACCUUUCCGAAACCCGAAAUGCUUAUCGGAUUGGUCGUUCGUACUUUCGGUGUAGAGCUCUGGACCACCUUUUCAAGCACCUUUCCCGCAGUAUCCAGGAGACAUAUCGGGCGAUAUGCUGAUGGGUCACCUGAUGGCUUGCCCUGUUUUGGCGCACCUCCGCUCCGCGGCUUGGCCAUGACAAUCCUGUAAGAAUCGCCCCAGGAGUUGUCAUUGGUGUCCUCGCAGAGUUGCCAGAUUCGUGCCUAUUUGCUCGCCUUGAUUGCCCUGCAGAUGUUGUAGUCUGUUUGGACAUGGUCGUUUAGCUUUCUUCUAGUGAGCCUCGGUGUAUGCAGCAUUAGCUUACGCUCGCAAGCUUGUUGCCUUGCAAACUGUUCGAAGAUAGCAAUGACGCCACUUUUUUUACAUUCAAACGAGUUGUUUACUCGUGUUAGUAGCCUUCCUUGUCUUUUUUUUACCGUGUUCGAAGCUUCAUGCCAAAUCACCAUCCUAGAAUUAUUCCGGUCUGCCAUGGCUCUUAGUUUUCGGUCCAAUGUUCCAAUUUUACGCGAUCCACCGAAAAAGUGUCCAGAACGUUUAAGCACGGUAUUCACAGUCGAUCUUUCUUCCUGACCAUGUUAGGUUUUUAACGUGACCAUUUUCUCGUCUCACUUUGCAGAGAAUGUUGAGCGCUGUAAGAGCCAUUUUAAGCCAUGUUAUAGUUAUUUGAAAUUUGAUUUUUUUUUUUGCCUUUUGUUCUACCGUAACCUUGUAGAUGAAGACGGUUUACUUGGAUGAUUUCACAACAAAGAGAGAAAGCCUAAACUUGGAAAUAAAAACAAUGGAAUGAAUAGUUUUGAAAAUGGGUAUUUUUUAUGCUUAUAAUCUUGAUUGGGUGAAAAAAAAAUUUUAAUUAAUUCGAACUCCUCAUUUGCCAGUUUCGUGUUCCUCUUUUGUGUAAAUAGUGCAAGUUUUUGAGUUAUCGAGCUACAACUGAAAACAGGUACACUUUUUCAAUGCACAUGCAAGGCAUCGACAAAGUUUCGGUUUGAGUUUAUCGUAGGAUUCGUUAUUUUCGUGUGAAUGAUUGGGUACAGAAAGCUGAUAAAUAGAACCGUUCACAAAUAAAAUGGUUUAAAUAUUUAUAAGCAUAGGUAUACUAUGUAAAUGUAUAAAGAAUAGUGAGACAUUUUCGUCCUUCGAUUCUAUGUAAUAUAACGUUCGUCAAACUGUUCCAGCUAUUACAAAUAAAAACAAAUUCUAUAACAAAACCAGAACUAACACCAAACUCUUCGAUGGGUACCCCCUUUUAUAAUAUUUAUAUAUAUAGAGGUAUUGUACUUUUUUUUCUAAAUGUGGUAGGAUAUAACCAAAUUUACGUAAUCUCAAUCAAACAACCAAAUACGGAGCGAAGAUAAAAAAAAACAUCAAGGGUAUCACAGAGACGGAGAAUAAACUCAUACCAAUCGAACAGUGGAAAGGAAGCUAGUUUACGCACAAAAAACUUCUCAAAAACCUUUUUGCUGUGAGCAAAAAUUCUAUGUGAACAGCUGUACAAAGAUUCGUUAGCAAAAACUGACUUUUAAAGCGUUGUGUGUGGGAUUUUAGCCCCCCCUUUAUGGUUGUCUCUUCUACUAUUUAAAUCUUUUAAGGAUGUUGAAUUGGUCUCUCCUCCUCCAGAGAUUAGAGAGUUUAAACAAUAGUUCAUAUUUCAAUAACAACGUGUAUUAAUCGCAAACAUCUACUGCAAAGUAGGUGAUAAAGGUUGAAUGAACAAAAUGACUUGGAAAUGAGCUUGCUCUGAGCUAUUUUUUUAAACUUACAACACGUAAAUGAAAAACCAAUGCGAGACAAGAGUGAUGUGCAACACUCAAAGCUAAUGACUACUUCCAUUAUAACUAAUUACUAAAUAGUUAGCAGGAAAGAACGAAUCAAUGUGAAAACGAAACUAGAAAAAAUCUUCGAUUGAAAAUGAAAAGGGUGCCACGUUGAACCACACUUCAUGCUAACGAAAGGUUUUGAUUUUAGAUUUACUUUUAUUUCGAAUCGAUAUCAUCAUUCAGUUUCCAAAUUCUAAAUUUUUUUGAAAAGGAAAACAUGCAAAAUAAGUCAAUUUGAAAAAAAAAGUCCAAAUUAAAACUUCAUCUGUGUUACAAAUUGCAACACAAGGCAGCUACUGUAAAUAUGAUAUCGAUUCGAGCAGUAUUUUCACGACGUAAAAACUGACUGGCAACCGAACAAACACUUUUGCUUGGAGUUUAAGUGCUGAGUAGAAUCUUCCCAAAAAAAAAACCAGGUGCGUUAGUCCCUUCAGCAUUUUCGAAGAAGUUGAAAUUCGCCAAUCGCAGAUUCAAUAUUUGAGUCGCGAAGCGAGAUGCCGAACGUUUAAUAAUACAAACUUACAUUAACAACUCGUUAAUUCUAACAUCUAAAGAACAACAAAACUCUAGAGAAUACUUAUAAAACUCUUUUACAAAAAAAAUGGCAAGAAGCUAGAAACAGAAUCAGAGAGAAAUACCAACAAAAGGACUUGAUUGAGAGAAAAGAUUCCCUAUAUGAAAUUGAAUUCAAAAUGUGCACUGCUGAGACGAGAGUAAAACUACUGUGUAAAAUUUUGUAGAGAUCAUAAGAGUGACGUUUUUUAUUAUUAUUUAAAUUUAACUGUAACCGCGACAUAAAAGAAAACUAAAUUAAAAACUUAAUCCAUCCCGCUCGGGGAGGGGAGAACACACACAUACACAAAACGGAGAAAAAAUAAAUUCAUCAAAAUUUACAACAAAAAGUAAAAAAAAACCUUUUUCCAGAAUACGAAAAAAAGUCUGUAUGAUACAUACGGGAAUCAUAAUCUACCCCUCUUCCUUAUUGUGAAACAAAGAGAGAAAAGCAAAAAGAAAAACUCAUAUUAAGAAGAAGCAGAGUUAAGGUUAAAUGUUUAUUUAUGAAUAAAACUAGACAGAGGUUGGAAAUCGUUAGAAACUAAUAA